CAAUGCUGUACAUACAUUUUCUUUUCAAAUACUUAUGUAAUAAAAUGAAAUUAUAUUCUUACAAUGCAGCUGUCAAAUGUCAAAGGUUACCGAACGUAGCUAUUGCAAGUCGGAACAACGGAGUUCUAUCGUCGGUCGGCGAAAAAAUCUAAAAUUUCCACCAUAUUUGCUGUGAAUAAUUACCCAGCGUUGCAUAUUAUUUACGUGUGCUGUGCCAGUGAAAUAUAACAGUGGCUAAGGUGACGCCAUUCCCCAGCAUGACUUAUUCCGGAAGGAAUAAAUUCGAGAUCGCCCGGUUUUCGGGCGAAGAUGACAACCACAUAAACAAAAAGCUGCCCAAGGAACUGCUGUUGAGGAUACUCUCAUACCUGGAUGUAGUCUCACUCUGCAGAUGUGCACAGGUAUCAAAACUAUGGAACAUACUAGCUCUUGACGGAUCAAACUGGCAACGGAUAGACUUGUUUGACUUCCAGACUGAUGUAGAGGGUCCAGUAAUAGAAAACAUAUCCCAACGCUGUGGAGGGUUCCUCAGACAGCUAUCUUUGCGAGGCUGCGAGAGCAUAGCUGACGGAUCCAUCAAAACACUGGCACAGUCAUGUCCAAACAUAGAAGAGUUAAACCUAAACAAAUGUAAGAAGAUCACAGACCAAUCCUGCCAGGCGUUGGGGAGGAAAUGCAGCAAAUUACAGAAAAUAAACCUGGAUUCCUGUCCGAGCAUAACAGAUAUAUCAUUAAAAGCACUGUCAGAUGGCUGUCCGCUGUUAACACAUGUGAACGUGUCUUGGUGUCAAUCGAUAACAGAAAACGGAGUGGAGGCAUUGGCUCGGGGCUGCCCCAAACUCAAAAGUUUUAUAUGCAGAGGUUGCAAAAACGUGAACGACAAAGCAGUAUCGUGCCUAGCGACGUACUGUCCCGAUCUAGAAGUAUUGAAUGUACAAGGUUGUGAUAAUUUAACUGACGAUUCGAUAUCGAAGCUGGGCGGGGCAAUGCGGCGGCUGUGCGUCUCCGGCUGCACGUUACUGACUGACGCGUCGCUGUCCGCGCUGGCCACCAGCUGUCCAGAGCUGGUCACUCUAGAACUGGCGCAGUGUGCACACCUCACAGACGCGGGCUUCCAGGCGUUAGCUAGGAGUUGCAGGAUGCUGGAACGAAUGGACCUGGAAGAAUGUGUGCUAAUAACUGACGCCACGCUAGUUCAUCUCGCGAUGGGCUGUCCUAGACUAGAAAAAUUGACGCUAUCGCACUGCGAGCUGAUCACAGACUACGGCAUCAAGCAACUGUCAAUGUCGCCCUGCGCUGCAGAACAUCUUACCGUACUAGGGCUAGACAAUUGUCCGCUAGUGACGGACGGCGCGCUGGAACACCUCAUCUCCUGCCACAAUCUGCAACUCAUCGAAUUAUACGACUGUCAGAUGGUCACUAGGAAUGCGAUACGCAAGUUACGGAAUCAUCUACCAAACAUAAAGGUGCACGCCUACUUCGCGCCCGUCACGCCGCCAGUGACCGGCGGCGGCGCGAGGCCCCGCUACUGCAGGUGUUGCAACAUUAUAUGAGUUGCGUAGGACAUACUAUAGUUAGGUAUAUGUUAUAUGUUCAUAUAGUGCGUACAUCUCGAGAACUCACUUGUCGUAUUACAAAAGCCUCAAUAGCUCAACGGUUAUAGGAGCGGACUGAAAAUUUACGUACCUGUCGUACCCACUCCUUGCACAAGCUUUACGCUUAGUUGGAGGGGAAAGGGGAAUGUUAGUCAUGAUUAAAAUGACUAAUAUUCUUUAAAAAAAAAAACAAUAUCAGCUCUAUGUGUCAACUGUCAUGUCAAAAGUACGGUUUAAAGAUGAACGCACACUUAUACGAGCCUAACGCGUAUGUCAACUGUCAUGUCAAAAGGACGAUUUAAAGGUGAACGCACACUUAUCCGAGCCGAAUGAAACGAAUUUUAGAAUUUUGUAUAUGAAAUCUCAUGAAACGUCGCACACUUCCACGCGUCGAAAAUUUGGACUAUUCGACGCGGGAAAGUGUACAAGGUUUCACCUUUAAAUCGUCCUUUCGACAUGACAGUUGACAUACGCGUUCGGCUCGUAUAAGUGCGCGUUCACCUUUAACGAACCUUCGACGCGCAGAAGUGUGCGACGUUUCAUGAGAUUUCAUAUACAGAAUUCUAAAAUUCGUUUCGAUGGAGUCGUUCGACGCUUUCGGCUCGGAUAAGUGUGCGUUCACCUUUAGUCCUUAAUUUAUGGAUGAACUGUACUUGGGACUUCGUCUGUGUUGGUGUUAGCUGGCGGGCGUGCUCUGCCUUUUUGGAGUGUUGUUUUUGUUAAAACUGACUGGAAAGCGCUCUAAGGGGGUGCCGUGCGUGUGUCGGCGAGCGCGGGCACAGACGGGGUCCAUACUUGUAUAGUUUAACUAACUUGUUACAAAUAACUACAAACUUGACAUUGGCUAAUCUUUGUAAAGCCAGACGAGAGGGGAACUGUACUUGUGACAUGACACUUGACACAGAGCUAAGUGAGUUUUCAAAAUGUAUGCAUUGUACACCAUUCAAAGUUCAAGGCCCUUAUUUCUUUAAAACAUUCAAAAUCAAAAUCAAAAUCAUUUAUUCAAAGUAGGUACAAUUGUACUCCUUUUGAUGGUCGAAAUUGUUAAACUUGUACGAUAUAGUGGUGAUAAUUAAUUACGUAACUUAAAACUAAAGCUACGAGGGUUCCAAACGCGCCCAAGACUCAUUGAUAAAUUGACAUCACCUGAAAACCAACAAAACUUAGGCUGAGAUCUAUUUGCACAUUGUUAAAACGAGACAGCGUUAUACCGCUGGCAUGAAUCUGUCUCGUUUUAACUGAAACUUAAGUCUAAGCAAAGUCAAAUGGCGCUCUACAGAUUUCAAACUUAGAGGUUUAGAAGUGGUAGUUUUUACAUCCCAGAACGAGGUGAUCAAAUUUGACGUUCCUAAUCAGGUGAAUCAUUUUUUUAAAUGAACAAAAUUUGUUUGUUUAAAAAAAAUCCUGAGUUUUGUAAUAUUUAAUAUUAGAAAACUCUGAAAUAAUAAAAUAAUGUGUACAGUGAAAAAAGGGCCUUGCACUUAAAAAUCGAUAAAAAAUUAAAUCGAUUAUUAUUUCAUCGACUUGUAUUAGAACGAUUAUACAUUAUUGUAAUGUAAUUUAAACCUAAAUAUAUGUUGAAAAUGUGUUGAAAACCAUUUUUUAGUUAAUUUUCGCGGUAAAUUGUUUUAAUUAAUCAUUAGGAAUGGCAUUUUUAAGAAUAAAUUAGCGAAAAAUUAUAAAAAAUUUGCGAUUAGACUUAAGUCUUCACUAACGACUUUUUGUUUUGAAACUUUUUGUCGUAUUGCCUUUUUGCACUCUUGCUGUGACGACACGACAAAACAUCUUUUAACAACUUUCCUGACACAGUGGUGAGCGCUGUGCUCUUAUAAGUGGAAAAUCUUGGGUUCGAUUCCCGGCAAAGACAAAAAUUAGUCUGGUGGUGUUAUGGUCUGGUAAGGGGCUUCGGCUGUGGCUUGUUACUGGCUAACCGAUUUAGCUUUACAGCACGAUGUCGCGUAAAACCGUGGGUUUUAUUAAAUUGCGAAUAGCUUGAUUCCAUCUUAGACUGAAUUCAGAGCAUACUUUGACUUUAUUCAGACUUAAGACAGAGUUAAAACGAGACGAUUUAUGCUCUGUAAAUCUAUGCCUGCAUAAACUACAUCAUUACUUGCUUAAGUUCGGCUGAGUUUGUUAUGGGCUUCUUUUCAGACCAAUCGAUUACCGCCAUUACGUCAAUUUAUUUCUCAAAAUUCAAUAAUUGACAGCAAACAAGUGCCCAUUUCGAUUAAAUGGUUUUGACAUUCAAAAAAAAACACUAGGCGAGACCGCACUCUAAGGUAACUUGUAAAAAACUUAGUUGUGUUGUGUCGUGUCGUUCGUGGAUUGACACAUAGUGUGUGCUGUUGCACCUUCAUGUUAUCCCAUACAAAAUGCAGUGGUGCGACUUUUUGUCGUGCGACAAGUCGCUAAUUAAUGUGUAUGACAAGUGACCGACGUAAUUAUAUGACGCUUUAACAUUAGAUAAUGUAAGUAUUUAGGCGACAAUAUUGUUAUGACCACAGAAUUAUAAAUAUAGUAUAGAAGUGGUAUUUGCUAGCUUCAAUAUCGCGUAUUGUCGUGCUACACGUACGGAAAUUAUUCGAAAGCAUAUCUCAAGCAUCAAAAUUAAAGCAAUAUAAUUUAAACUCUAUUGCCUUGCAAAAACGUCGGUGUCUAUAAUAAUAGCGCUCUGAUAUUAUAUUUUUGCCACUUCUAUUAAGAAUUCAGAAUUCUGUGGGUAUUACAAGAAGAACUAAAAAUCUCUAAAUCUAAGUUUAGUGAAUUUUCUUGAUGGACUUUCGUGACAUGGAAUGAGAAAAGAGAUAAAAUUAAAAAAAAAACCUUUUAGGAUUAAUCAAGUAAUUUGAAAAUGUUUUUUUUUUUGGAAAAGUUUAAUUUGC